AUGUUGUUAUCAAGGGGGCUGAUAGCCUCGACACUCAUUCUGACCGCCAAAUCCCAGGGUGGUAUCAAUAUCAACGAUGCCGCACUACGGGUUGCGGAAGGAUUUGAAGCAUCCCUUAUCGGACAUGCUAUGACUACCUUGAACGGGGACGCCGGAGACGCGGACUCGGGACAGAUCUUGGACGCGACCGGGGCAAAUGGCGACGCCAACAACAAUCCCGUUACGCAGCCAACCAACGCCCAGCCAACCGUCGCUACAUACACCAAGUAUGGGACAUUAUUCCCUGUUACGCUCCUUCCUCAUCCUGUUAUCACGAUCCCGCCGAAAAGCGACGACCCAUACGAAAGAAUUAUCCAAGCAUACACAGGAGGCGCUGAUGCCACAACGAACCAAGAAAUCACAAUUGCCGAGCCGAGUGGGACGAAUCCCGGUACGAUUAUCGUGGAUGUUCCUGGUACAGCAUACUCCUCCUUCUCAUCAGGACAGCCCGGCGUAUUAACGAUUACGCCUUCCAACGAGAACCCGACAGCUACAAUUAUUUCAGCGAUACCUAGUGGUGUCGCCAUCACUGGUGAUGCUACAAAGACUAUUCCCGCGGCGGGGACUGCCCCAGCGACUGUUGUCAUUCAGACAUCAUGGAAUGAUGUACCAUUAAGCACAGUUGGGGUUGGUAGUAGCCCUGCAGUUGGUGCUGGCGCUGGUAAUAUCCCCGGAGGUGGUGUUAGCCCUGGAGGUGGCACUGAACCUGGAGGUGGCAGCAGUCCUGGUGGUAUUAGCCUUGGAGGUGGUACUGUCCCUGGAGGUGAUACUGUACCUGGAGCUGGUGAUGGCGCUGGAAAUAUCCCUGGAGGUGGUAUUAGCCCAGGAGGUAGUACUGUCCCUGGAGUUGGUAGCAGUCCCGGAGGUGGUAUUAGCCCUGGAGCUGGUACUGUACCUGGCGCCGGCAGCAGUCCCGGAGGUGGUAUUAGCCCUGGCGCUGACAGCAGUCCUGGCGCUGGCAGCAGUCCUGGAGGUGGUGUUAGUCCUGGAGCUGACGUUGGACCUGGAGCAGGCGCUGGAGCUGGAACAACUACCUCAAAUGUUCUGGUUAUUGAAACGCUUACCGGAACAACUUACAUCACUCAGCCACGGAUUACUACCAAGGCUGCUUAUGUAGGUGGUCCAAGCACCGUCUACAUUCAGGUCCCCCCAAGCAACACAAACCCCGACGGUGCCAUUACCAUUCGUCCGAGUAACGGUGGACGUUUCACUACAAUCAUUGCCCCAUACACAGGGACCUCGCCCAUCCAAACCCCCAUUACCUCCCUGAUCCCCACCUCGGCUGGCGGAGAUGGAUCGAUCAUUAUCCUGACUCCCACUGCCUCGAGCACGCGAAAGGGCGAAAACCAGGAGGAGGACAUGCCUGAUAACCAGCCCCAGGUCAUUCCACCCAGUGGCAACAAUCCCUACUAUACUGUCUUACGGCCCCACGCGGGGUCUGGUCAAAUAACUAAGCCUGUGACCUAUACAGUACCCCCAUCCGGUACCCUGCCCGGGACUGUCAUUAUCGAGACACCAAAUGUGCCCAAGGGACAGUAUGCUAUCACUCUUCCACCCGAUCCCAACAGUGGUUAUAUCACGAUUGUAAAGCAGCCCGAGAAUCCUAUAACCACUGCUAUGACCAGGACGAUCCGGCCCAGCGGCGGCCAGCCAGGGACUAUUAUUAUUGAGACUCCCGCCCCUCAGUCGGGAACCAACGACAUUACAAUCCCAGCUGGCUCGGGAGGAUCCAUGGUGACCAUCAUUCAGGGACCCACUGGUACUGAUGCUGUUACGGCUCCCACAACUAUCACCAUGACCGGUGGUCAGGGGCAACCAGGGACUGUCAUCAUCAAGACCCCGGUCCCAUCUGGAAGCGGUCAGACUACCCGGGCCCCCGACGGACCUUUCACAAUCCCCCCUGGGACUGGUAAUAAAUUUGUCACUGUUUUUCGACCUCACAGUGGUGGCCCCAUUUCGGCGCCUAUUACCCUUACUCAAAAGGGGGAAAAUGGUCAACCAGGAACAAUUAUCAUCGAGACACCGUCACCAGAGACAUAUCGUCCUGGCAAGGAACCGAUUACUCUUCCUGCGGGCAGUGGUAGUUCUUACAUAACCGUCUACAAGCCACACAAGGGUGACCCUAUCAAGAAACCUAUCACAAUCACCAUUCCUCCUAGUGGCACUCGGCCCGGUACCAUUGUGGUUGAAACUCCCACAGUUGAUACACCCAAGGGUCAAAAUGCGAUCACCACGACAGGGGAAGAUCGUCCACCCAUAACGAUUCCUCCGAAUGACAACAAUCCAUAUGUGACCAUCUACAGGCCUCAUAAGGGUGAUCCUAUUACCGUCCCUGUUACCAUUACGCAGUCGCCUUCAAAUGGAAGACCCGGUACUAUCAUCAUAGAGACACCUGCUGUUCCGGAGAGGACUGUGACCCAGUUCCGAACCGUGACUAACUGGGAGACCCGGCCAGGUACGACGGUGACCGUUCAACCUAGUGCCCCUGGCGCAUACACAACUAUCUACCGACCACAUGUUGGUGAGCCUAUUACUGAGCCUAUUACUGUCACAACUAUCAAUGGCAAGAAUGGGGAACCAGGAACCGUUAUUGUCGAGACUCAAGGCCCGAUUACCGUCACUCCAACAAUAAUUGGUGGAACGGUUACGAUCUAUCAGCCUUGCACAGAUGAUCAUGACACCACGAUUACAGAGACUGUUAUUAUCACAAACUCUGGUGGUAGCAAGUCCACAGCCGUCAUCAUUGAGACUCCCCCAGUGAAGAUUAGCACCUCUCCAGGGCCUCAGGCUACUGUGACUGGUGCCGACGGGUAUGUCACGGUUACACAGCAGUAUACUGGCACAGAUGUUAUUACAGCAGUUAUAACUACUUCAGUAGCUGGAUCUGGUACAAACCCAGGAACAGUGUUCAUCAUGACACCUCCUGCGACCAAGUUUGCCCCAGCAAUCACAACUACGGGUACGGACAAUUACGUUACAGUCUACAAGCCAUUCCCGGGACCAGGAAUCAUCAACUCGCCCAUCACCGUCACGCAGGCUCUGCCCACUGGUGGUAAAUUUGGAACCGUUAUCGUCCAAACACCUGUUGGACAAACCUUAGCUCCAAUCACAUCACCAAGGCCUAGCACGACACAAGGCACAGAUGGGUAUGUGACUGUCUUUGUGCCUUUUCCUGGUCCAGGCAUUAUUACUGCCUCUUAUACCAGGACACAGGCGCCUUCAGGUGGCAAUCCCGGAACGGUUUUCAUCACAACGCCUGCGUCCCCACCGGCGACUAGCAGUCAACCAAACCUGCCAGUUACCACUUCGGGCGUGGAUGGCUACGUCACAGUCUUUGUCCCAUAUCCUGGGCCAGGUGAGAUAAGUGCACCUAUUACUUAUACCCAGCCCCCCUCCGGCGGCCGUCCUGGUACUGUCUUUAUUACCACCCCAGUCGUUAAGGUUAGUGCAACUCAACAGCAGAGUAAGGCUACUAGUACUGUCUCAGGGACUGAUGGAUAUGUAACGGUCUAUCUGCCCUUCCCAGGACCAGGGGUCAUUACUGCUCCUGUCACUUAUACCCAGCCCCCAUCAGGCGGCCGUCCUGGUACUGUUUACAUUACAACACCUGCACCUAGCACUCAGAUACAGCAGAGUAUGCCAAGUACUGCACUGAAUGGUGACCAAUACGUGACAGUAUUCUUCCCAUUCCCAGGGCCUGGUGUCAUCACAGCACCUAUUACGAGGACACAAAUGGCGCCGUCUGGUGGCAAUCCAGGAACUGUGUUUAUCACAACUCCAUCUAGCCCUACUUCCACACUGACGCAGAGCUCUGCACCCGUGACAGAUAAUUACAUAACCAUUUAUACCCCCUUCCCAGGCCCUGGCGUUAUUACUUCUCCUGUUACUAUCACGAAACUGGCAACUGGCGGUCAACCUGGAACGGUUCUUAUUCAAACCCCUGCCCCGACGAUGUCAAACAGUAACCAGUAUGUAACGGUAUACAGACCAUAUCCUGGUCCUGGAACCAUUACAGCACCAGUUACUCUAACACAGGCACCUUCAAACGGCCAAGCGGGUACUGUUUUUAUUGAGACACAGCCGACCGACCUUCCAACCUCGGCGGGUCAGACAACUGCUGGUUCGAGCUCUCCUAUCGGCAUUCCCCCUGAUCCCACAGGAUCUUACGUGACAGUUUAUAUGCCGUGGCCAGGGCCAGGUGACAUCACAUCCGCAGUUACCUAUACUCAAGCUCCUGCUUCUGGAAAGCCUGGAACCAUUAUCAUCCAGACUCCGAACCCGGGAGCAAAUACUGCUACCAAGACAGGCCCAGUUACGAUUCCUACCGGUAACAAUAACCCGUACAUUACGGUUUAUAAGCCUUACCCCGGUCCUGGCAACAUUGAUCAGCCAAUCACCAUUACCGCUGUUACUCCUUCAGGUGAUCAACCUGGGACAGUCAUCAUCGAGACCCCUUCACCGGAUGUUAAUACAAAAUUUGCGCCAACGACAGCGGUCUCGAGCGAAGUCACCAUGCCUGCUGGAAGCAACAACUACGUAACUGUGUACAAGCCUCACACUGGCUCUGGAGUUACCGCCCCUGUUACGAUUACUCAGGCCUCUCCCACUGGUGGACAGCCCGGCACCGUGAUUGUAGAGACACCCGUUCCUCUCACUCAGCCAACAGAGCAAGCACCAACCACAGACAACCCUCCUGUCACUAUCCCCCAGGGCCAAGACGGAUACGUGACGAUUUAUCGACCCCACGAGGGUCCUGGCGUCAUUACUGCACCCGUUACCGUCAGCACCAUUGCAGCAACGAAUGGCCAGCCUGGAACAGUGGUCAUUGAGACCCCUGCGCCUGUAGUUACGACUUCAUCAGAAGAAAGCCAAUUCACGCCUUCUGCGGUUACCGUUUCUGCAGGCGAUGGAGGCUAUGUCACUGUAUAUAGGCCAUACCCAGGACCAGGCAUGAUCGAUGAGCCUCACACGGUCGGAACGGUCGCCCCUACCUCAGGUCGCCCAGGAACGAUUAUCAUCGAGACUCCAGUGCCCCUGGCCACCUCUCAACAAUCCAAUUCAGGAUCUGGCGCGAGUACAGUACAGGGUAAUGAUGGUUAUGUGACAGUUUCAGAACCAUAUACCGGUUUAGGACCUAUCACAGCCCCCAUUACCACCACGAUUCUGCCCUCCAGCGGCCAGCCUGGAACUGUAAUUGUUCAAACACCCAUGGACCAGGCACAAGCUACAAGUCAGUCCACCGACAAUGGCCCUGUGACGGUUCUUCCUGGUCCUCAAGGAUCUGACGUGACGAUAUACCAACCUAAUACAAGCCCCGGUCCCAUUAACGAACCAGUAACCGUUUCCACCAUCCCCGGUGCUAAUGGCCAGCCGGGUACUAUCGUUGUAGAGACGCCACCGGGUAAAACUGUUGGACCAGUUCUCGAUUUCACUACGGCAUCGGUUUCCGCUUCGAGUCUUGAGACUGGUGGUAAGGCUGUGAUCCCUCCUGUUACUCUGAACCCAGGGCCUGGCGAUCAGUAUACGACUAUCUACAGACCGUACACAGGAACUGGUAGCAUCAAUGUGCCUGUUACCGUCACCACUAUCUCACCAGCCGGUGGUCAGCCGGGGACAGUUAUUAUUGAAACGCCAGAACCAGCGAGUGCGGGACCUAAUCCAACUGUCACGCUUCCUCUAGGACCAAAUGAAUCCUACAUUACUGUCUUCCGUCCCCAUACGGGAGCCGACCUGGUUACUGCUCCUGUAACGGUCAUGACGAUUACACCUGCCAAUGGCCAACCCGGUACGGUUAUUAUCGAAACUCCCGUUAUGCUGGAGACUCCGUCCGUUUCUGGUGUUGUUGGCCCGACAGAAAGUAGUGCUUAUCAGCCUGCGGCUUCUUAUGUCACAAUCUUUCGUCCCCAUACUGGCACCGACCGCAUCACAAGCCCUAUUACUAUCACCACCGAGCAGCCCACUGGCAAUGAACCCGGUACGGUCAUUAUUGAAACUCCGGACCAAGACCUACCCCCUAUUACUACUUCAGCUGGACAAGGUGCUAGUGUGGUGACAGUUUAUCAGCCUGCUACAGGGGCAGAAAAGAUCACUGAAACACAGAUUCUAACAACAGUACAACCAACCAACGGCCAACCUGGUACAGUAAUUAUAGAGACUCCGGGUCAGCAAGCGCCUCCCGUGACCUCUUUCCCCAUUCCUGAUGCAUACGUGACGAUUACUAGGCCUUACACCGGCAGAGACCCGAUUAACCAAGCAGUUGUGACUACCAUCCCUCCAAGUGGCGACCAGCCGGGUACAGUCAUCUAUGAAACACCAGUUGAACAAGCCGCUUCUGUUCCAGGGAAUAUCUCCCCCUCGUACAUUACGGUUACGCAGCAAUAUACUGGGACAGACCAGAUCACUGAACCUAUUGUUACUACUAUCCCGGCUCAAGGAGACCAGCCUGGAACUGUUAUUGUCGAGACCCAGCCUCCUUUUGUGACUAUCUAUCGCCCACACACAGGAGCAGGCCAGAUUACGAGCCCAGUUACUGUUUCCACCGUCGCCCCUACAGGAGACCAACGUGGUACCAUCAUCAUCGAAACUCCAGGUGGGGAAAGUGCAGUCACAACCACGCCUAUUGAACCGUCAUACAUCACCACAACAGUUUUCUAUACCGGAACUGGUGUUAUCACGGCCCCUACAACUCUCACAACUGUCCCUCCUCAGGGUGACCAGCCGGGAACAGUUAUCAUAGGGGUACCGGGCGUUUACGUGACAACCACAACCUUGUACAUGGGAGCUGAUCCAAUCACUGGACCAACAGCUGUUACAACCGUCCCACCACAGGACAACCGACCUGGCACAGUAGUCAUUGCCAUACCUCCCUAUGUCACGACUACGGCUAGUUACACCGGCCUUGACCAGAUAACUGGUCCGGUUACUAUCACCGCUGUGGCCCCUACAGGCGAUCGCCCUGGAACGGUUGUGAUCCAGACCCAAGCACCUUUUGCAACAAUAUACCGCCCUCAUACAGGAGCUGACACCAUCACCACGCCAACGACUGUGUCUACAAUCCCACCCUCUGGCGGCCGUCCCGGUACAAUUGUAGUGGAGACCCCAGGCUCAGAGCCUCCCACCACAACUUCACCCGCUGCGCCCUCAUACACAACAAUUUUUGAGCCAUACACUGGCCCCGGCGUCCUGACGGAACCCUUGGCCAAGACCACUAUUGCGCCUCAAGGGGAUCAGCCUGGCACCGUGAUCUUCGAGACUCCCGGCCAGAAGGUCGCUUCCGACAGUGGUAUUGCUCAGACACCUGGACCCUCCUAUGUCACCGUUUAUGAGCCUGAAACAGGCACAGAUCCCAUCACAUCGCCUGUGACUGUAACAGCUGUCCCUCCACAAGGAGACAAGCCAGGUACUAUUGUCAUCAAGACACCCGGACAGCAAUCUGCUGUCACGCUUGUGCCAUCUGGUUCUUACACCACUAUCUAUGAAGUAUACACCGGCACUGGACAAUUCACCGGAGAGGUUACUCGAACAGUCAGUGCUCCACAGGGUAGCCAGCCUGGCAUUGUCAUCAUUGAAACCGAUGGCCAGCAAGGAACCAACGUGGGAAGCCCCCCUGUUACCCUGCCUGCUGGAAACAAUGGUUACGUGACGGUCUUUAGGCCUUAUACAGGUACUGAACAAAUCACAGUGCCAACUACUGUUACCGCAGCCGUUCCAUCUGGCGACCAGCCAGGCACUAUCAUCAUCGAAACUCCAGGGCCUGCCUCUCAGCCCGAAUCUCAAGUUGGAAGCCAGCCCAUCAACACAAAUAAUCCACCUGUUACAAUCUCUCAGGGCCAAGAUGGGUACAUGACAGUCUAUGAACCAUAUACCGGGUCAGACACAAUCGCUGCGCCUGUCACUGUUAGCACGGUUCCGCCAAGCAACGGCCAGCCAGGUACUGUGGUUAUACAGACGCCUGCAUCGAAACCUGUGUUAUCACCGGUUGAGACUCCAAGCGCAUCUGGCCCUACUGUCACAGUUCCUUCGAAUGGCCGUGGUUAUAUGACGAUUUAUAGGCCAUACACUGGACCUGGAACUAUCACGGCUCCUGUCACUGUCACCACGAUUGAGGGAGUUGGUGGACAACCAGGCACAGUAAUCAUCGAGACCUCAGCUACUCUAGAACCUAUUGCCCAGAGUAGUUUAAGACCUGAUGUUACUUCCGUGCAAGGUGAUGACGGCUACGUCACCGUCUUCGAACCAUACACCGGAACAGACGCCAUUGCAACGCCUGUCACUGCGACUACUAUUGCUCCUUCCAACGGCCAACCAGGAACGAUUAUCGUCCAGACACCAGGUAGUCAAACGCCGGCCUCGACUCAAGUCGGUGGUGAUGUGCCUGUGACUAUUCCAUCUGACUCUGACAGCGCCUACACGACGGUCUAUAGACCUUAUACCGGCACUGAUAGCAUUACGGCACCUUUGACAGUUACUACUAUCCAAGGAGUUAAUGGCCAGCCCGGAACUGUUAUCGUAGAGACAUCUGCUCCUACUCAGGAUACUGGUGUAUACAGCACCGCCUCCGCUAGCCCUGGCAGCAUGUACGAUACAGUUUAUCAGCCUCAUCCUGGACCUGACACGAUUACCGAAGCGACUACAGUCACAACCAUCCAGCCUCCCAAUGGUAAUCCCGGAACUGUUAUUAUUCAGACACCAACUGUUGAAACUGGCAGCAAGGAAAAUAUUCCCCCAGUUACUCUUACUCCUGGCCCAGGCGGCCAGUAUGUUACCAUCUACAGACCUCACACUGGAACCGAUGCCAUAACUGCUCCUGUAACUGUUACGACUCUACCCGGUCUAGGUGACCAGCCAGGUACCGUUGUUAUUGAAACCCCUGAGCCAGAAACCCCCGGGGCCAACCCUACAGUUACCUUACCCCCUGGACCGAAUGAGUCUUACGUGACGGUGUUCCGACCUCACACUGGAGCCGAGAUCAGUGCUCCUAUCACUGUUACAGAAAUUGCGCCUUCAAACGGCCAGCCAGGCACCGUCGUUAUCGAGACUCCUGUUCAGGUCACUCGAACAGAUGCGGAGACAAGCGUCGACUCGACGAAUACCAUUACUUCUCAAGACAGUGCUUAUGUUACAGUCUUCCGUCCAGGCUCUGGAACGGAAAAAAUCACGACUCCAGUUACUAUUACAACUAUCGCACCUCAAGGAACACAGCCCGGCACGGUUAUAGUCGAAACUCCGGAUCGAGAACUGCCGCCUAUCACAACCUCUGCUCCCGGUGCUACUUAUGUGACGGUUUACCAACCUGGCACAGGAACUGGCAGGAUCACUGAAGCAGUGCCUGAAACGACCAUCGAGCCGGCUAAUGGCCAACCUGGAACGGUAAUAAUUAACACUCCGGGUCAGAAAGCACCUCCUAGCACUCUAGACAAUGCCCCGGCUUCGUACGUCACCAUCACAAAGGCAUACACUGGAACUAGUCAGAUUACGGCACCUUUGAUGACAACCGUCCCGCCUCAGGGCGACGAACCAGGGACCGUUAUCGUUGAAACUCAGGUUCCAUUUGUUACUGUCUAUCGUCCGCAUACUGGAUCUGACCAGCUCAUGGGCCCAACAACUGUGUCUACGAUUCCCCCUACAGGAGACCAGCCGGGAACAGUUAUCAUCGAGACUCCUGGUAUUGCACCUCACGUCACUACGACACCCCCCAUGCCAUCAUACGUGACGGUCACGGAACUAUAUACUGGGUCAGACCUCUCCCCUGAGGCAACUACGGUCAUCACUAUCCCACCUGAGGGCGAUCAGCCCGGUACUGUCAUUGUGCAGACACAAGGUCGUUAUGUCACUUCUUCCACACUGUAUACUGGGGCCGGUUUGGUUUCAGGUCCAGUCCCUCUUACUACAAUCCCUCCUCGGGGUGAUCAGCCAGGUACUGUUAUUGUGGGGACACAGGGAUCGUAUGUCACGACCACGGUUGAGUACACCGGGGUCGACCAGAUUACUUCACCAAUCGUGGCUACGACGAUUCCUCCUUCAGUGGAUCAACCUGGCACUGUCAUUAUUCAGACACAGGCGCCUUUUGUGACAAUCUAUCAGCCGUAUAGCGGAUCUGGCUCGAUUACUGACCCUGUUACUGUAUCAAGUAUCCCUCCCAACGGUGGACAGCCUGGUACUAUCAUCAUUGCGACCCCUGGAUCUCAACCUCCUAUCACUACGACGCCUCCAGUUCCUUCCUACACUUCGGUUUACAUCGAAUACAGUGGCACAGGUGUCAUUACUGAAGCCGUUGUUGUCACAACUAUUCAGCCGGAAGGAGAUCAGCCCGGCACUAUCAUCUUUAACACCCCUGCCGCGUUGAUUACCUCAGCCAGUGCUAGCCAGGACUCAUACAUAACAGUCUAUCAACCUCAUACUGGUGAGGAAGGCAUCACCAAUCCAGUGACUGUUACUACAGUUCCCCCGCAAGGUGAUCAACCCGGUACCGUUAUCAUCGAAACACCUGGUUCAGAACCUGCAACCACGGCAACAGCUGUCCUUGAAGCGUCUUACGUGACUGUCUAUCAGCCUCAUACAGGUUAUGGUAGUGUUGAUAGUCCAGUCCCUAUCACUACAAUUUCCCCUCAAGGCGGUCAGCCUGGUACUGUAAUUGUUGAAACACCCGGCUCAGGGGCUCCCGUCACAUCAGCUCCUGAUGGCAUGGCCUCGUACGUAACAGUCUACCAGCCGCACACUGGAGCGGGUACCGUCACAGAGCCUAUCCUAGUUACUACAAUUCCCCCCCAAGGUACAGCACCAGGCACAGUUUACAUUGAAACUCCCGGCUCGGGGGCUCCGAUUACCCCAUCACCUAUCCCUCAAGAACGAUAUGUCACUGUCUUCCAACCACACGCUGGAGCGGGUAGCAUCACGGCCCCUGUUACAAUCACCACGAUCCAGCCUCAAGGCGAUCAGCCUGGUACUGUGAUUGUGGAGACACCUGGUUCUGAAUUACCGGCUACUUCGAGCCCAGCAAUGAUAAGCGAGUCAGCUUUUGUCACUGUGUUCAGGCCUUACUCUGGCACUGGUCAGAUAACUGCGCCAGUGACGAUAUCAACAAUACAGCCGCAGGGGCUUGAGCCGGGUACCGUUAUCAUUGAAACACCAGGAACAAAAGAAGCCGUAACUGUAGCACCUACUGUCUCGUAUACCACCAUUUACGAGCCUUUUGACGGAGCUACUGAUAUGACCGCAGAAAUUACUCGCACUCUGGCUCCAAUGCAAAGUGGCGAGGUCGGCACUGUUAUCAUCAAUACUCCUGCAGUACAAAGCACGAUCAAAGGCGCAAACCCUCCCCUGACUAUUCCUGCUGGAGCCGAUGACCUUGUAACUGUCUUCAGACCAUACACAGGAAGUCCUCCAAUCACAGCCCCCAUAACGGUUACCACGAUCUCGCCCUCAGGCAGCCAGCCAGGUACUGUCAUUGUUGAGACUCCGGUGAAAGAGGAUGUUCUCAGCACUGUUCCUAGCAGUCCCUCCGUGAAUGCUCCUGUUACUCUACCAGCCGGAAGUGACGACUAUGCCACGAUCUUCAGGCCUUAUACUGGUACCGAGGCGAUCACAGCACCUAUAACCGUCUCUACUAUCAGUGCUUCAGACGGUAAACCUGGCACAGUUAUCGUCGAAACUCCCGAGGCUAGCACUCAAGGCCCACUCACAACCAACCUGCCUGCAGAUGUUUACGUAACUAUUUACAGGCCAUACACAGGUGCUGAUCAGAUUACCGCUCCAAUUACUGUUACGACUAUGCUUGCGAUUUCUGGAACAGGUACUGUAAUCAUUGAAACACCCGUACCCCAGACUGCAAGUGUCAUUUACGCGACUAUCUAUCGGCCAUACACCGGCACAGCGCAUAUUACAGGACCUAUUACCGUUACGACUAUCGCCCCUAUGUCUGGGAGUGAAGGAACUGUUAUUAUUGAGACUCCUACUCCUGAAUCUACCACCGAUAGCCAGGUAUCCGACUCGCCUGCUAUUACGAUUCCUUCCAAUGAUGAGAACCGUAACGUGACGGUGAUCAAACCCUACCCUGGCCCUGGAUUCAUAUCAGCACCUAUUACCAGCUACAUCCCCCCUGCCACAUCAGGUCAGCCCGGGACUGUUGUCAUCGAGACUCCUGGAGAUUUGUCUAAAAUGGAAUCCCAGUCUCAAGACCAAACAAUGUCACCUCCCGCUGUUACGAUUCCUCCAAGUAACGGAAGCCCUAAUGUUACUGUUGUUCGCCAAUAUCCAGGCCCAGGCAUUAUUACUGGCCCCGUUACCUCAUACGAGCCACCAAAUACGCCUGGGCAACCUGGAACCGUCAUCAUUGAGACUCCCGCUCCAAUCAGCCAACCCUCAUCGGAUAUGGCUCAUGCUGGCACGAACACUACGAUCUAUACUUUGGCACCAUCGGGCGUGAAGACUCCAAUCACCAGCUAUGCUCCUCCACAAACAGAGGGUGGAGAAGGAACUGUCUUCAUCCAAACCAUAGCCUCUGAGACUCCCAUGGGCUCCAAAGAUGGAAGCAACGUGACCAUCUUUACUGAGGGACCAGCGUCUCUAACGGCUCCACAGACCAGAUACCAGCCUCCCGCAUCAGCUGAUGAGCCUGGCACAGUGUUUGUCGAGACACCCGCCGUAACAUCAGCAACACCCGGGUCAUCCACAGACCUUCCUUAUGUGACGGUGUACCAGCCACACACAGGAAUUGGUAGAAUCACUCAACCGGUUACGCUGACAACAAUUGCGCCUGUGGGUGGCGAGCCAGGUACCGUGAUUGUCGAAACGCCUGGUUCUGAACCCCCAAUUACAUCAACGCCUAUGUCGUAUGUGACAGUGUAUCGACCUCACACUGGUGAAAGUAGCAUCACUACACCCGUUACAGUUACUACAGUUGACGGCGCAGGCGAUCAGCCAGGUACCGUGAUUAUCGAAACCCCCGGCUCUAAGCCCCUAAUCACAUCAACGCCUAUGUCGUAUGUAAAAGUAUAUCGACCUCAUACCGGCGAAGGCAGCAUCGCUGGUCCCGUCACCGUUACUACAGUUGAUGGCACAGGCGAUCAGCCAGGUACUGUGAUUAUCGAAACCCCCGGCUCUAACCCCCCAGUUACGUCAGAGCCUAUGCCCAUGUCGUAUAUGACAGUAUAUCGACCUCACACCGGCGAAGGUACUAUUACUACUCCAGUUACCAUCACAACCAUCCCACCUCAGGGUGAUCAGCCUGGUACUGUAGUUAUCGAAACGCCCGGUUCAGCGGCUCCGGUUACAUCAGCUCCUACAUCCAUACCCUAUGUUACAAUCUAUCAGCCUUACACUGGUUCAGAGCCGAUCACUGCCCCAGUUACCAUUACAACCAUAGCACCUCAAGGUGACCAGCCUGGUACUGUUAUUAUAGGGACAGCUGGCUCAGGAGAGCCUGUUACUUCGACCCCUUCAGCAAUCAUGUCUUAUGUCACAUCCCUCCGCCCGUAUUCUGGUACGAAGACCAUUACAGACUCUGUGACCAUUACGACGAUUGCCCCCGAAGGAGAUCAACCGGGCACUAUCAUAGUAGAAACUCCAGCCACAGCGAUGACAUCCAGCAGCGAUGGUGGCAGUAGCCCUGUUACUCUACCACCUGGGGAUGACAACUACGUCACAGUUCUGCAACCUUACACAGGUACCGGCGUCAUCACAGCGCCUGUCACUAUUUCCACUAUUCCUGCAUCGGGAGGUCAGCCUGGAACCGUGUUUGUCGAGACUCCUGCUUCUUUCACUGGUGGUAUCAAGACGCCCAUCACCAGUUACGUUCCUCCUCAAAAAAGUGGUGAUCCGGGAACUGUUUUUAUUCAGACUGUUUCGUCUGGCUCGGAGACUCCAAAAACGAAUGUAACCAUAUUCACUCAAGGGGGUGCUUCUCUAACAGGCGCAACUACCAUAUAUCAGCCUCCUGCCUCGUCAGGCGACGCAGGAACCGUGAUAAUUGAAUACCCACCUGGAAGCAAUGUGACCAUCACGCGAGAUGGCGCCCCAGGUCUUUCUGCACCUAUCACUACCUACCUACCUCUAGCUUCGUCCGGCGAUCCUGGUACCUUUGUGGUUGAGACACCGGUAUCGAAGACUUCUGAGGUUUCUUCUGACGCUCCGGUGACCAUAUCCGCCCACCCUGGAAGCCCGAACGUUACCGUGGUUCGAAGUGGCACAGGGAAUGAAGUCAGCACAAUCUACGUGCCGCCAACUGGAACCGACGCAGGAACGGUAAUUAUUGAGACUCCCGCCAACUCGAAGGAUUUGAAUAGCGCUAUCGCUUCUUCUAUCCCAACGAAUAUGGACAUACCGGCCAUCACCAUCCCCCCUAGCUCCAACAGUCCCAACGUCACAGUCAUCAGGCCGUACACCGGCACGGGUUCAAUUACUGCGGCUAUUACUAGCUAUCUACCCCCCACAGUAUCUGGUGAGCCCGGUACAAUUAUCAUUGAAACUGCCGCUUCGGAGAGUCCGGGCCCCUUGUCCGACAACCCAGUGAUAACUCUGCCUCCUACAUCUCAGAGUCCCAACUCAACUGUUAUCAGACCAUACUCCGGUACAGGUUCCAUCACUGAGCCUAUCACCAGGUAUAUACCUCCUACAGCGUCUGGAGAGCCAGGAACAGUUAUCAUCGAGACUCCAGUCAUAGAUGUAACCAGCAAAAGCACUAUGGCUUCUAUCACGGCCGGGGAAACAUCGGAACCCAUUGGUAUCACUAUUCCCGCCAAUUCCGGUAGCCCCAACGUAACUAUAUUCCGGCCCUUUACCGGCACUGAAGCGAUUGAAACCCCUGUCACAAAGUAUCUUCCACCAUCCGAGUCAGGGGGUGCAGGUACAGUGCUAAUCGAGACACCAACUGCUGCCAUGUCCGGAACAUCUCCUGUCUCGGUAGACUCUGCGAGCGGACCGGCCUCGACACCGGCGGUUCUAACCACUGAUGCACGUUCUCAAACCGACUCCAUCACGACGCCAGGCUCGACAAGCUCAAAUCCUGACGCCAUCACAAUCACUCCUACUGAUAGCCAUAACGAUGUGACGAUUAUCGAGCCCAACACCAAGUUUCCAGAUGCUGUGGAGAAUGUCACACAAAUCAUUCCUCCUUCAAAUGGAAACCCGGGAACCCAAAUCAUCUACACGCCAAUUGACACAGCAGCCACCACAGAAGCAACCCCCGGUGCUUCCAAGACUGGCGAAUAUGUGACCAUCAGUGCGACAGUCACAAUUCCCGGUGAUCCGUCUACCCUUACCGGGGCGAAGUCAAACUUGGGAACUGACACUCUCACUACCGGCGCGGAGAUCAACACUAUCGUCAUCCCUCCCAGCGGAACGGAGCCAGGUACCAUCGUUGUGCAGACUAGCGUCUACUUGGACCAAACACUAGCUGAGCAUGGCAAUGUUACUAUAACAAGACCCGCGUCCAGUGGCGUCACCAAAGCUAUGACAACCUACGCCCCACCAGCGGUGUCAACUGAUCCAGGCACCUUCAUUGUUGAGAUACCAGACUACAACGUGACUAUCACCAGAGCUGGCGGCACUUCAGUCACGGUCCCUUUCACUACCUAUGCACCUCCUUCAUCCGAAGGGGAUCCAGGAACCGUGAUUAUCGAAACACCAAUUGGGUCUCUUGAUACAUCGGAGGUUCCAGCGGGUGAAACGAAUGUGACCGUUUACACUGUUGGUCCCGUCGCAGCACCCGUCACCAAAUACAUACCUCCUACUUCUUCGGGCCAGGCAGGCACAGUCAUGAUCCAGACGCCAGGCGACUCUACCGACUCCAAAGAAGGUCCUGGUAAUGUUACCGUUUACACAGAGGUCUCUGGAACUGUCGCCAGGACAACGUUUGUCCCUGCUUCUAUUACCGGAGAACCAGGAACAGUUCUGAUUCAGACUCCGGGUAACACAGGAACACUGCGCAAUGUUACGGUCUACAGUGGUAUCUCUGGUACCGCUUCUUCCACAGCCUAUUUUCCACCUGCUUCUUCCGAUCAAGCAGGCACUGUCGUUGUUGGAACCCCCACUGCCGUGGAAGAUACAACAUUCUUCAGCCUGUACAACAUCACAGUUACGUCAGCCGCCUCCACUCCCGUUACGUCCCAGUACACCACGUAUCUGCCACCUGCGUCUGCUGGUAGCCCUGGCACGAUUAUUGUCUACACCCCCAACUACAACGUGACUAUGACGAAGGAGGCCCCUGUAUCGGUGACAAGCCUUCGGUCUUCAUACUUACCCCCUGGAGCAUCGGGUGAUCCAGGUACAAUUAUCUUGGAGACACCCAAUAAUGACUACAACAUCACCGUUACUAGGGCUGGUCCUGAAUCUAUCACUCAAGCCAUCACAACAUACAUGCCUCCUGGUUCAUCUGGGGACCCAGGCACAAUUCUUAUCGAAACACCUGCUAUCAACGUAACUUUGACCCGAACAGCAUCGAUAUCUCUUACAGGCACCCGUACGUUAUACGAGCCUCCGGCUUCCAGUGGAGAUCAUGGUACUGUUGUUGUCGAGGUCCCUGGGGUUGGCGCUACUUCCUCCGUUGGCCUGCCCAUUUCCAACGUUACUUUGACUCGAACAGCAUCGGUGUCGAUUACAGGCAUUCGUACACUAUACGAGCCUCCGGCUUCUAGUGGAGAUCCGGGUACUGUCGUUAUCGAGGUCCCCGAGGUUGGAGCUUCUUCCUCCGUCAACUUGCCCAUUUCUAACACUACUGUCACCCAGGGAGCAACAGUAACAGCUCCCCUCACCAGAUACUUAAGCCCAGCUUCACCCGGAGAUCCUGGUACAGUUAUAGUUGAGACUCCCGAUUAUAACGUUACGAUAACGACGGAGGCCCCAAAGACUGUCACGACCUUGAGAUCAUCCUAUGCACCUCCUGCGAGCCCGGGAGAUCCCGGUACUGUCAUUAUAGAGACUCCUAUUGGUCCUUACAAUAUAACCACUACUAAAGGAGCUAGCAUAACAGCACCACUGACAACCUAUUAUCCCCCAGGCUCUGCAGGCGAUCCAGGCACGAUCCUUAUUGAGACUCCGGAUUACAACGUCACUACUACUCGUCAGGCCCCUGCUUCUGUUACCAGACUUCAAACCACAUACGUACCUCCAGCUACACCUGGUGAUCCUGGCACUGUCAUCGUUGAGACGCCGAACAACGAAUAUAAUAUCACUGUCACAAAGGCUGCGCCUGCAUCAGUCACCAGAAUCCUGACAACAUAUGCUCCUCCAGGCACACCCGGUGACCCGGGUACCGUCAUUGUGGAGACCCCGGAUUACAACGUCACCACAACGAGGGGUGCAUCAAUCACCGCACCUUUCACAACGUACUCCCCACCGGCUACGCCUGGUGAUCCCGGGACAGUCAUCGUGGAGACUCCUGACUACAAUGUUACAAUUACAACAGACGCUCCCAGAACAGUCACGACAUUGCGUUCAUCGUACAUCCCACCUCAGAGCCCCGGUAGCCCUGGCACUGUUAUUAUCGAAACACCCCUUGGCCCUUACAAUAUCACUACAACCCAAGGUGCUUCUGGGAUCAAUGCACCAGUCACGACUUACCUACCUCCAGGUUCACCUGGUGAUCCCGGGACUAUCCUAAUUGAGACGCCUGAGUAUAACGUCACAGUUACCAGCGCCGCCACUGUUCCAAUUACAGGUACUAUUACAAGUUAUAACCCCCCAGCCUCCGCAGGGGAUCCCGGCACUAUCCAGAUUAUCGUGCCCGGCCAGAAGCUCAUGUCUACAUCACAAAGUGUAUCGGAUGGACAACCUGGCCAAAAUGUUACAAUCACCAGACCUGGCGCAGGAACACUUACCGGACCGGUGACUUCAUACAUACCCCCUGCAAGUAGUGGCGGGAAUGGUACUCUCAUCGUCGAGACACCCGGCGCAGCCACCGCCUACAAUGUCACCAGUACCAAGACCAUCAGCACCAUCACGGCAAUCUAUACAACCUAUCUUCCAGCAGGCGCUUCAAGUGAUCCCGGAACUAUACUUGUGGAGGUUCCACCUCCUCAAACUAAUGUAACGAUCACCAAGCAGGACGCUACUAUUACCGCACCAUACACAACAUACUCGCCACCUGACACUCCAGGCGACGCAGGUACGGUUAUUGUUGGUAUGCCUGCCGAGAGGAACGUAUCGAUUACUUCCGUUGUCAGCACUCGAACUGCCCCUCAUACCGUGUAUUCACCACCUGCCAACGCAGGGGAUCCUGGUACUGUUAUUGUCGAACUUCCUCCCAAUUCCAAUGUCACUAUCACAACCGAGAUUGACAGUCAAAGUUCGCCUUAUACCAGAUAUUCGGCGCCAGCGCAGGAGGGUGACCCCGGGACGGUGAUCAUUGGUGUACCUGCAUUGCCUAAUGUAACAGUCACCGAGGUAGUCAGCACCAUCACAUCACCACGGACGACCUAUGUCUCCCCUACGAAACAGGGAGACCCCGGCACAGUCAUUGUGGGAUUACCUCCCAGCGGAAAUGUUACAGUGACAACUAAAGUCGCGAGCCUGACUACCCCUUACACAAGUUACGUAGCUCCUGCGAACAAGGGUGAUUUUGGCACCGUGAUCGUGGGGAAACCCUUCGACCACAAUGUCACCAUUACGACUGAAAUACCGACUUUGACCGCUGUCCGCACAACCUAUGCUCCACCGGGAAGUCCAGGCGACCCAGGUACUGUUAUUGUUCAGCUACCUUCGGACAGAAAUGUCACUAUCACAACUGAAGUACCGACUCUUACUGCGAUCCGUACAACGUAUGCUCCACCAGGAAGUCAAGGUGACCCAGGUACUGUUAUUGUUCAGCUACCUCCGGACAGAAAUGUUACUGUUACAACAGAAGUACCGACUUUGGCUGCUCCUCGUACGACCUACUCUGCCCCAGGUAAAGCAGGUGACCCUGGCACGGUUAUCGUUGAAUACCCCGUUGACCACAACGUCACUGUUACCACAACGAUCGCUAGUCUGACAGCAGCUUACACAACGUAUGCUCCACCAGGGAGCAAAGGCGAUCCCGGCACAAUUCUAAUCGAAUUACCGCCCGACCGAAACGUGACAACCACAACGAUGGUUCCUACGUUGACCAAGGCUUAUACCACGUAUUCGCCUCCAGGUCGCGGCGGUGAUCCCGGAACCGUGGUUGUGCUACUUCCACCAGAGAGGAACGUCACUAUCACGACACAAGCUGCUACUAUCUCGACACCCUAUACGACCUAUGCACCCCCUGCCAACGUUGAGGAUCCUGGCACUAUCAUUGUUGGACUACCUCCUGACAGGAACGUUACGGUGACUCAAAUUAUCAGCACGAUAACUCGCAUUACCACAACCUAUGCAUCGCCAAGCAAGCUGGGUGACCCUGGCACUGUCAUCAUAGAGGAGCCACCGGAGACUAACACCACCAUUGUCGACGUUGUGUCUACACUUACGCGCCCCGCUACUAGGUAUGUGCCCCCUGGUACCCAGGGAGACCCAGGCACAGUGUAUAUCGAUGUACCGCCGAAUCACAAUGUCACAAUGACUACAACGGUUGGCACAAUCAGCCGAGUAACUACAACCUAUAUACCUCCUGCUAGUCAAGGGGACGCAGGCACAGUCCUUAUACAGUUGCCUCCUGAGUACAAUGUCACAACGACCGACACAAUUCAGACAAUUAGCAGGCCAGCAACUCGUUACUCUGCUCCAGCUGUAACUGGUGACCCAGGGACCGUGUAUAUCGACUUGCCGCCUGAGUAUAACGUCACAGCUACUACUACGAUCUACACCAUCACAAGGCAGAGCACUACGUUCAUUCCGGGAGCUGAACAGGGCGAUCCUGGCACUAUCCUUGUUGAGAUGCCACCUGAGUAUAAUACAACGGUAACACAAACAGUCUCAACCAUCACGAGACCCACCACAGAAUAUUCUAGCCCUGGAACAAUUGGGGACCCCGGUACAGUUUACAUCAACGUGCCACCAGCCUACAAUGUAACCAUCACAACAACGGUGCCGACUAUCUCGAGGCAGUCUACUACCUUCGCCCCAGCUGCUACAGUGGGUGACCCUGGUACCGUUAUUAUUGAAAUGCCUCCUGCAUACAAUGUAACGACAACACGAACGGUCUCGACAAUUACAAGGCCCACCACUGUCUACUCUGGCCCAGGUACAAUGGGGGAUCCUGGAACCAUUUAUGUCAAUCUUCCCCCUGACUACAAUGUUACAGUCACUACAACUGUCCCAACAAUUACAAGGAUCUCAACCACAUUUGCUCCAGCUGGUACACAGGGAGACCCCGGCACUGUAAUCAUUGAGCUUCCUCCAGAUUCCAACGUUACAAUUACUCAGACCAUCUCGACGAUUACGAAGCCCACUACCCUAUACUCAAAGCCAGGCUCCAUCGGGGACCCCGGAACCAUAUAUGUGGAUCUGCCGCCAGCUUAUAAUGUGACGGUCACUACGACCAUUCCAACAAUCACACGAGCAUCUACCACAUUUGCCUCGGCCAAUGCAGAAGGAGACCCUGGUACUGUUAUAGUUCAACUACCGCCAGACUCCAAUGUCACAGUAACAUCAACUGUUCCAACGAUAAGUCGGCCCGCUACACGAUUUGCGAACCCCGCAUCCCCAGGCGACCCUGGAACAGUCUAUGUGGACCUUCCACCGGAGUAUAACGUGACUGUAACCGAAACGGUCACCUCCAUUAGCAGGUUAACGACCACAUACCUGACAGCCGGUUCCCAAGGCGAUCCGAAUACGGUCUUGGUGGAAGUCCCUCCAGCCUACAAUGUGACGUCGACUCAAACCAUUAGUACGAUCAGUCGGGCCAGAACAACUUAUAACCCUGGCGCAACGCAAGGUGACCCAGGUACUGUCCUUGUCCAGCUUCCGGUCGACUACAAUGUCACGAUUACGACAACAAUUCCGACGCUCACUAAGGCAUCAACAACAUUUGCUCCAGCAGGAACACAGGGCGACCCGGGCACCGUUAUUGUCGAACUACCUCCUAACUCUAACGUCACGAUAUCAGCAACUGUAUCUACCAUUACAGCACCUGUUACCCGGUUUUCAAGCCCGGGAGCACAAGGUGACCCUGGCACCGUCUAUGUCGAUCUCCCGCCAGCAUACAACGUCACAAGAACUACAACCCUGAGUGAUAUCACCAAGGCAGCAACUACGUACCAGCCAGGGGCAACUGAAGGCGCACCUGGCACGGUCCUUGUCAAGGUCCCGUUGCCUUAUAAUGUCACUACAACUACUACAGUGGCGACUAUCACUCGUGUCAUGACAAGAUAUGAUCCUGGUGCAAGCCUAGGCGACCCUGGCACUGUCGUGAUCCAGCUACCGCCCGAUUAUACUGUGACAACGACACAGACAGUUACCGGAAUUACUCGACCAACAACACUCUACAGCUCUGCUGGUGUUCAGGGAGACGCCAAUACGGUUAUCGUCCAAGUCCCAGUUCCUUAUAACGUCACUACUACCCAAACCGUGGCCACCAUCAGCAGGGUUCAGACUACUUAUAACCCCGGUGCUACACAGGGUGACCCCGGAACUGUUGUAGUCCAGCUACCACCCGACUACACUGUAACAACGACACAGACAGUUACCGGAAUUACUCGACCAACAACACUCUACAGCUCUGCCGGCGUACAGGGAGACGCCAAUACGGUUAUCGUCCAAGUCCCAGUUCCUUACAACGUUACUACUACGCAAACCUUAAGUACCAUCAGCAGGAUUCAGACUACCUACAAUCCUGGGGCCACACAAGGUGAUCCUGGAACUGUCAUUAUCCAGCUUCCGCUUCCGUAUAAUGUGACAAGUACACAAACGGUCAGUACUAUCACUCAUGCAACUACCGUGUACAACCCUGCUGGCAGCCAGGGCGAUCCUGGCACAGUUUUGGUCCAGUUCCCAGUUCCAUACAACGUAACAACAACUACUACCGUCAGUACCAUCAGCCAAGCCAUGACAACAUACAUGCCCGCUGGGAACCAAGGUGAUCCUGGCACGGUUUUGGUUCAACUCCCGAUUCCGUAUAACAAGACAAGCACCCAGACCGUCGCCACCAUCAGCCAGAUCGCGACCACCUAUUUACCUCCUGCCAAUCAGGGCGAUCCCGGGACUGUUAUCAUUCAGGUCCCGCCUCCAGUCACAUCUGUUCCCGCGAUCAGCAGCUCCGUUCCUGUGGCGGCGAUAUCUACAUCAAGCACGACGUCGCCCUACCCGCAAGCUACCUUUGGACCAACUUUCAGCUGUGACGGAUACGGAUAUACCAUUUCAACGCUUCUGGGUAAUACUCUUACAAAGGUCAACCUUAACACUGGCCAACGUACGACAAUCAAGAGUGGAAUUGGCCCCGGCGGAACUCUGCUGAACGUUGGUGGCAUUGCGGGCGCGAUCAACGGUAUCGGAUUCAACCAGCUCGAUGGCUACAUAUACGGAGUAGUCAACCAAGGUCUCGUCUCAGGAAUUUUAUGCGGUCUUACCGGAUGUCCUUCCUCCCAAUUAAUUCGCAUCGCCUCGAAUGGUGCCUACCAAACCCUACCGGCUACUAUCCCCUCGAACACCAUCACCAUGGGUGAUGUCGAUGAGCAGGGCCGACUUUGGGUCUCGGAAAGUGGAAGGAAAUGGUGGUCUCUUGAUGUCAAGCCUGGCUCGUCUACCUUUGGCAAGAUACUCAACAGUGGCACUUCAGCUGUUGACAUUAUUUCUGGGGUCGGCGACUGGGCCUAUGUUCCUGGCGGAGGUGAUUACCUUUACGCCAUACAAACAUCACUUAUCGAAUCAGGCCUGCUCCGUACAAACAUCGUUCGUUGGUCACGGUCAACAUUCACUUGGUCAAUCUAUCAGAAGUAUACCAACUUUGUGCUUACAAGCCUUAAUCUGGAGUGGGGUGCUGUUAUGGCAGGACCUGGUGGUACCCUCUAUGGUCAAGAAAACCUUCUUGGCCAGACUUGGAGAUUCAACAUCAACAGUACAGCCAAUCCGACCCAGAUACCCGGUGGUGCGAUCCUCAAUUUACAAGGAGAUGGCGCCAGAUGUUCUACUGCCAAGGUUCCUCUCCCACCCUUUACUUGCGACGGAAACGCCCAAGUGGUGUCAAGCCUACUUGGUAAUACUCUCACAACCGUCAAUAGCACUACCGGUGCUCGCUCAACCAUUUCGUCUUCCAUCAGUGCUGGCGGUAGUAUCAACGGCAUCGGGUACAACAAAUUCGAUAAUUAUCUUUAUGGUGUUGUCAAUCAAGAUCUGAUCUCAGGAGUCGUCAACACAGUUCUUGGUGGUGUCCAGUCCCAGCUCAUCCGUAUCGGCUCCGAUGGUAGCUAUGAGACUCUAGAUACUACUAUCCCUUCCAACACGAUCACCAUGGGCGAUGUUGACGAACAAGGCCGGCUUUGGGUAUCUGAGAGCGGUAAGAGGUGGUGGUGUAUCGACGUGAACCCUACCUCCUCGACUGUCAACCAGGUUAUCGGCAGCGGAACAUCCGCUGUCGACAUCAUCUCGGGCGUGGGUGAUUGGGUAUACAUCGCUGGUGCUGGAGACUAUCUCUGGGCUGUACAGGCCUCAAUCAUCCAAUCCGGUCUACUACGCACCAACGUUGUCCGCUGGUCACGUACAACUCAUACUUGGGAAAUCUUCCAGUCGUACCCCAACUUUGUCCUUACUAUUCUCAACUUGAAUUGGGGCGCCGCCUGGUCAGGACCUGGUGGGACUUUGUAUGCACAAGAGAAUGUUCUUGGCCAGACAUGGAAGUUCGCAUUAGGAAGCUCUACCAACCCUACGGCUAUACCGGGCGGCGCUAUCCUUAAACUGUCAGGGGAUGGAUCUAGGUGCAUAGGAUUGGAUCCCACCACUUCACUGAACCUGUCUCCACCUGCAACCACGAGCUCAGCGGUUGCUUCAAGUACGAGCGCGGCGCCUUCUGGUCCACCUACACUGAAUUGUGACCCCAACGGCUACCUCACACAAAAGACUUCCUUCUACCGUGUCGAUAUUACUACCGGAAAAACAACGCUUAUUGCCAGCCCCAUUGGGCCUGGUGGCAAUCUCAAUGCUAUCGGAUACAAUUCGCUAGACAAUUUUAUCUACGGCAUGGUUCAGGACAGUACGGGCUCACAGGUUAUCCGCAUCGGUGGCGACGGCAGCUAUACACUUCUAUCCACUCGCACGUCAGAUCCCAAUGUUCAAAUGGGUGACAUAGACAACAUGGGCCGUUACUGGAUUUCCAAUCAAGGAAAGGCUUGGUGGUGUAUUGACCUUAAGCCCGGCUCGUCUACCUACGGCAAGAUUCUCAUGAGUGGCACUGCUGUGACCACCGGGGGUCUAGCUGACUGGGCGUUUGUUCCUGGCGGUGGCGACUUUAUGUAUGGAAUCAUGUACGAUUCAGCCGGACUUACAGCUACCCUAUCCCGCUUUAGUCGUACCGCCUACACAUGGUCGUCCGUCAGGGCAUACGGCAUGGUUACCGGCUCCAACCUAUUCGGUGCCGUAUAUGCCUCGGCAGAUGGCAACCUCUAUGGCUCGGAGAACUCCAACGGAAACAUCUACAAGUUCCCCAUCGCCCCAACCGUAGGGGCUCCUGUCUUUGUAGCAACAGGCCCCUCGUCAACUUGGAACGAUGGAGCUCGAUGCGUCAACAGCAACAACCUUUCGUCUGCCCUUAGCCUUUUCUCUAUCUUUAACAUCUCAGCUUCUCGAUACUCCAGAAUGUCAGCAGAUUCAAAACGCAUUAUCUCUUUGUCGUCUCUUCCCUCAGGCCCAAAUGCGAGCUUUCGCAAGUCCUCAUUCUUCUUUCGAAAUAACGGACAACCUCUCCCGACUCUGUCAGAGGUGCGGGCAGAAAGUUCUCGCCAACACUCGGAGGGUGACCAUAAGAAGGACAACCCCUCCCCUGUCAUCUUCGAGUGUUUGGGACUUCUAGCCAAGUAUGGGAAAGAAAGAGUCCAAGUUGCUGAAGGCCAGUGCCUAUGGGCGCUGAACCAUUUCCUCCCAGAAGUUCCAGUCCCUGAUAUAUAUGGGUGGACGACUGAGGAUGGCUACGUCCUUCUCUAUAUGGAGUUGGUCAAGGGUGUUACCGUCGAGAAACGAUGGCCAUCUAUGACGGAUGAUGAAAAGACUGGCUUCUGGAAGGCCCUUCGAGCUGUGUUCGAUAAUCUACGAAAGCUAUCUCAAGACCCAAACGACCAUUUCAUUGGGCAAAUCAAUAAAGGUCCUCUCUAUGAUGAAGCCAUCGACAACUCGAAAAAUCCUCGACCUGGCCCUUUCGCCUCUGUCAAAGACUUCCACGACUGGUGGUCCAUUACAGUUCGAACAGGUGCAGAGAUCCAUUGGCCAGGAAUGAAGCCUGAAGAACUCCCCGAUCCUUACCGUGCGAUGGUUCCUGACGAUGCGGCCAUUGUUUUCACCCACGCCGAACUUCAUUGCAGUAAUAUCCUCGUUGACCCGGAGAAUCCUUCAACGAUCGUGUCAAUCGUCAAUUGGCAUUAUAGUGGGUGGUGGCCUGACUAUUGGGAGUUCUGUAAGACUCAGUACGUUUACCAGCCUGGGCCUGAUUGGAGUCGGUACAUGAUUGAGUUUCUGGAACAACCUGAUGAGGUUACACAGGAAGGGUUCUUCAGUUAUCAUAGAGCGAUGGCAGAAUUUCAUAAAACAGCGCACCCCGUCUGCCAUCUGUUCAAAUUCCUUGGCAACUCAUCAAACAUGACGUUGAAGGUCGGUAUCAUCGGUGCUGGGAUAGGUGGUUUGAGCACCGCCGUCGCGCUUCGUCGGGCGGGAGCUGAGGUUGAGAUCUUUGAACGAAGCAACUUUCAGAAUGAAAUUGGCGCAGCUAUAACGAUUACACCGAACGGAAUGCGUGUUCUUCAGUCACUCGACUUUGACGCGAAGAAAGCCAAGGGAGUAGAUAGUAAACAGAUGCGCAUGGUAGACCCUCACUCUCUUAAACCCCAAAUCGUUGAAGAUUUCAGUGGGAUUCAAGAUGAUUACGGUGCACCGUUCAUGUUCUAUCAUAGGAUCGAUUUGCAUUCGGCGUUAAAGAAUAUGGCUAUUGGCGAUGAGGGUGAAGGGCCACCCGUGAAGAUUCGGAAUGGGGUUAAGGUGAAGAGUGUUGAUUGUGGGGCGGGCAGCAUCAGGAUUGAAAGUGGCGAGGUUUUUAAAAAGGAUCUUAUCGUCAUUGCUGAUGGAGUUCACACCCAACUCAUCAACGAAAUUGCCCAAGACGCCGGACCUCUCGAAGACACCCUCUCCUCAUUCUACCGGUGUCUAAUUCCCAUGUCAUCCGUCAUGCAGAAUCCCACACUAGCCCCAAUCUUCGAAGAGGCACCAGGCUUCUGGGUCCCGUUCGACCUCUCUUGUGGCACAUUUGUAGUAACAUACCCAUGCCGAGAUGGAACCAUGCUCAACGUCGCACUUCGACACCCGACUAAACCAGAGAAUGAAAAUGCGCAUGAGUGGAAUAAUGACACUGAUGUUGAGGACAUUGCUGCUAUGGUCGAACGGUACAAUCCUGUUCUACCUGAGAUGUUUAGGUUGGCGGAGAGUGUGAGUGUGCAUAAGGUCUUUAGACGGGAUCCUUUGGAGACGUAUACGAGGGGACGGGGAGUCAUUAUUGGGGAUGCUGCACAUCCUAUUCAACCUACUCAUGCUCAAGGCGCGGUCUUGGCGAUUGAAGAAGCGGCAGCCCUCGGAGCACUCUUCAGAAACACCACCAACCCCGCCGACGUCGCCGAGCGUCUGGGGCUGUAUGAUAAGAUUCUCAAACGUCGGAUCCACGCCACCCAACUCUUAUCAGACGCCCAACCUGGACUAGCCAGUAUCUUGCGACAACGCGCAGAAGACAUUUAUGGUGAUGGAAUAUUUCCUGCUUCAGCGAUGAAUUUUACAAAGCCUGUUCGAGAUUUCUUUUAUGGAUGGAAUGUAAUUGAGGAGGUAGAGAAGGUAAUGUCCAGGAGCUAG